AUUUCAGUGAUUCAUUACCCGUCCGUCGUCCGUCCGCGAUCGUCGUCGUCGUCGUCGUUGCGGUUUCGUCGUCUCCGCCGCCGCUGUCUCCGCCGUCACCGCCCCCGGCGCUUACUGAGUACUUACACGUUUCGACAGCAGCAACAUCUCAUAGUGUACGACCGAAAUCCGUCACCAGCCCUGCAGUGUAUUUUGGUAUCGCUGUGUACACUGGUGCGUGCAAUAAUCUCCAUUUGUAUUGUGAGGUUGAGGUCAUGCCCAUGAAUUUGGAUUGCUGAACGCCAGAACAAUACACUUAUACACUUGCGCCUAGACUGUGUUCCUACUGUUACAGUCGUAAAAUCGUGAUGAUCAAGACUCCGUCUUCAUACAGGUUUUAAACGAUUUGUCAUUCGAGUUGGUUUAUGUCGGACGGUGAGAAAAGAUAAAAGGAUCCAAAAAAAACAGUCAUGUUGAAACACGUGCACCGAGCAAAAUGUGCCGACACACUUAGCAUUGUGUCUACAGCAAGUUCUUUUAACCAUGAGCCAAUGUCUAGUAGAUGUUCAAGUGUAUCGUCGUUGAACAUUUCAAAUCCAGUUGACACAAUCAAAGUGUACACAAAGUGUUUGCGUUCCGACCUCGAGUACAAAACACUUGGACUGGCUUAUACGACGACUUGCAGUGAAGUGAUAUCCAUUCUGCUCAAUAAAUACCGAAUGCGUCACAGAGACCCAAAUUUGUUUUUCAUGACUAUGGAAAUAAAUCUAAGGAAAAUCGGACUCAGAACUGUAUUCGUCCUGGAUAACGAAUCAUGUCCUGCUGUGUUGCAGUCAUGCCACCCCAGAGGAGAAUCGAGGUUUUGCUUGCAAUCCAAAAAAGGUGGCCUUGUGAAGGUCUAUGACGGUGAAUUGAUGCCUGGGUCUAAGUAUAAAAGCCUAUUGAUUUCUGAACGUACGACCGUCGACGAGUUGAUCAGAAUAUUGCUCAACUGUUAUAAUAGCAAAGAGCAAGUCGAACAGUUUUCUUUGUACGAGUUAUCGAAAUCCGAAGAAUACCAACGCAAACUCCACCACGAUGAUAUACCAUUGAACGUGCAAUGUUGUUGGCCGCUCAAUAGUGAUUACAUUUUCAUCAUCAAAAGGAAUCCAAAUUAUAAGUCGAAACAAGUGCAAACGAUUUGGACCGAACACCACCAUCAAGAAGAAGAAGCUUCAACGAACGAAUACGAAAAUUUUAUUUACAUAUAAUAAGUAUUGAUGGUAUCAAAUUCAUCAUGUAUAUAUACACCGUAAUUGUCACUGUGACCUUGUUAUAUUAUAAUAUUACUAUUAAGCGACUGUUUUUACCGACAAUAACGGUUAUAAAUCUUUUUCACGAGCUUUUACAACAUAAGUUUUUAAGUGCAGAUGUAUGUACAAAAUAUCUAUUAUUUUUUUUACUUAUAAAAUAAAUAUCUAUGUGGUAGGUUUUAAUGUAGUGUAAUAUAUAUGGAGCUACUGCACAAUAGUAGUGCGUAGAAGUUUGUUGUUUUGUAAAUGGGUCUCAAAUUUAUGAAUAGUUGAAAAUGCUCUUGAUUUUAGUAAAUUUCGAAAAAAAUUCAGGUAUACGUUUGAAUUGCGGCUAAAAUAAUGUAUAAUAUACCUAUAUGUAUACUUACAACAACAGAAACUAAUGCAUCAAUAAAUGAUUUUAUUAAUGCUAAUAGUAUAAGCCUAAUUACAUAAUGAUUUUGUAUUAAUAAACAAAACUAUGUCUAUUUUACUGUCACAAAAAAAAAAUCUGAUUUUAUUGUUAAAUAUCACUCGAAAGGUACAUAAUUUUAGUCGUUGAUCAAUGCGCUCAACUAAAAUUGAGCAUUCUUCUUUUUUAAUUUUUUAUUGUCGUUAUAUUAUACAGUUUUUUUUUAAAUACCAACAUUGAUUUUUUUUGUACAAUGUCAAAUUAUUAUAAGUUAUUGUUUUGAGAAUUAUUUUAUGGAUGUAAUUUUUUUUUCUAUUAGAUUUAUAUCUUAUUUAAACAUUGAGAACAAAAACAUUAUAUGUAAUUUUAAUUGUUAAAAUUCAUUGAUGAAAUCAUAAUAUGAAAUGUAAUAUUUUUAAAUCAAAGAAAUCUCUGCCCAUAUUUAUAUAUUAAACUUCUUUUGAAAAAAACUCCUACUUUUUUGUUGAGCUUUUACUAGUCUUAAAUCUUUUUGUUUUGUUUAUAUGUAAGUUAAUUGAUAAGCAAAUUAUGUAUGUAAUUAAUUGUCAAUGUAUGCCAAUUAAAUUUGUCAUAUAAUACUGUGGAAUAAUAGUCACUUGUCUAGCUGUUAGUUUGGGUGCCUAAAUUAUAUGAAUAGCAUAUAUUUAACACUUGGGUAAGAUUUGAUUUUUCGUUUGAAUGUAAUUAAUGAAUUCAAUAAUUAGAGUUCAUGUGAGGUAUAAUGUUAAGUCAGACAAUUCAUACCAGAAAAUAAUAUUUUAAUACAAAAUGAAUUUGCCUAUAACGUUUUGUUAGUUUUUAUACUAUGUUAUAUAACAUUAAACUAAUGGUGAUACUUUGAUUGAUAUUAAUAUAACUAUUGUGUUACAAACUUACAAAACAAAUAUAUAUUAUUGACUUGAAAUUAUAAUUACACUGUCAGUAGAUUGUGUAAAACAAUGUUAUUAAUAGAAUAUUAACAAAUUCAAAAAGUAUAUUAUUUAAGAUAUUAUUAUCUGACAUUGGUUGUUUGAUGGAGACCUUGUAGGUGCUCAUUAAAAUGUACUAGGCUUAGUAGUGUAUUAAAUGUGUGUGUUUUUUUUUUAGUUUGUACAUUAUAGUAAUUUUUCAUUUUUUUCUAAUGCUUAUUCUCAAAAUUAUAAAAGUAAUGUACCUACAAUUUAUAGCAGUAAAAUGUGAAUCAGUGUUAAAUAUUUAUAUAUAUAUAUAUCAAUGAAAUUCACUUAUCAUAACUAUAACUUUUGUAAUUCUGUUUAAAUUACUUUAAAUUAUGUUUUAAAACUAAUGAGAUAGAAGAAAUAUGCGUUUUGUCAAUAUUGUCAUUUAAGAAUUAUGAUUUAAAAAUACAUUUUUGUAAUAGGUUUUGGACAUUGUAUUUUCUUACGAUUAUGAAUUAUGUUACAUAUGAUUCUGUAGUUCACAAUAUUAGAUGUUUUUGUUUACAACACAUAAUUUAAGUUUAAGUUUAUCACUUCAAGAGGACUUAACACACAUAUUUACAUUUUACACAAUUAAAUAACAUUAAAUUAAAACAAAUUAUAAAUUGAUCUUGAAAAUGUAUAUUUGAUAUGAUGUAUUUGGUUUUUUGUAAUUGAAAACAAUUUUUAUUGACUGGAAAUUUAACUUUUUUUAGCAUUAAAUGUAAUAGUUAGUAUUUAUGUUAAUAAUUAAAAAGUAAAAUACUUGUCAGCUACCUUUUAAGUAGUUUUUAAAAUUUACACCCUCUAAACUUGAAAGGGUAAAGUGUAUUUUUUUUUUGUUUACUAUAAUAUUCUUAAAACUGUAAGCAAUAUUAUGUAUAUUGCGCUAUGGCUAUACUCUAAAAAUAUAUAUACAUUAGUCUUAGUAUAUCAAUGUUAUUUGCCAAAGAUGUAUAUUUGUAUUAUUAAUAAUAAAUAAAAACAUAUUUAAAUCAUCCAAUACAAGCUAAAAAGAA